AUGUCUGAAAUAGAAGUGCUGUUGUUGGGUCAGGUCCAGUCUGUGCGUGAGAUCCAGAGGGAGAAGCAGAAGCACUACGUGUUUGAAAUCACCAUGAAGAAUGGGAAGAGGAAAGUACUGGCUGCAGAGACAGGUGAUCUGAGGAGGGAGUGGAUUGGCCAGCUGUGGAGGGCCAUGCAUCUCUCAGGCCCAGGGGGCACAGACCCAGGCUGCAUACGACAGCAGGAUUUGAGGUCUGAUGACCUGAAGGUCAGAGGUUGCUUCAGCACCUAUAACAGCUCAGAAUGUGACAGCAUGGCGGAACCACUGGGGGUUCAUCGACCCCUCUCUGCACCCCUCAACCCCUCCACCCCUGACCAAGACCUAGACCAGGGGGACAGGAGUACCCACUGCCUCUCUGGCCCCCUCACCCCUGACCAAAAUCUGGGGCACAGGGCUACCCUCUCUCUCUCCCUCACUGACGAGCUCAGUAGUGAGGAAGCCAUAUGCCAGAACACCAUCUCACAUUAUGGAGAGGAGGAUGAGGACAGUGUCCAUAGAUUUAGAAGGAGAUGUGAGGAGGAGAGAGAUGAAGAAGAGGAGGAAGAGUGUAAGGAGGAAGAGGAUCAGUAUGACUUUCUACCAGCCCCCCGGAACUCUGAGUAUCACAUCAACCAAUCAGAUGAAGACUUGACUGAUGGAGAGGACCUCUAUGACUUCCCACUGUCCAAUAAGAGGGCAAGUGACCGCCAAGAUUAUAGCGAGAUGACAGAGAGCAUCUAUGACGUCCCCAGUUCCCUAAUGAGGAGAAUGUCUGAACACACACUUGCAGAGCCUUACCCUGGAGGUGAGAUACUGGUGGAGGACAGGGGCCUCCUGGAUGACAUGAUGGCCAGUCUGGAUGGAGGGACGGUGGGCUGGAUAACAGGUGCUUCUACUGGCUCUGUGGAGCCCUAUGGGCUGGCUCAUCAUGGCUCUUAGGACUGGUAUAUAGUAUAGACUCUGGAUAAUAUAGACUGAAUGAGUUUUCCUCAUUCAAAUUGUUCUAUAAAGCUUGACGCAUUCUGUUCGAGAUUUAAAUAUGUUUACAUUUUAUGAAAAAAAUGAUAUUCUAUUCUAUUGACUUCUCUUUUAAUACAAUCUACUGUCAAGGAAAUACCAUAUUAAAUAACCAACUUUAUACUGUCAAAGUGUUCCACUUAGUAUAUAAUGUGAGGAGAGAGGUACUAUAGUAUUCAGGCAGACCCUAUCCUUCUUUUUUAGGAGGUAGAUCAGCUUUAAUACA